AUGUUAAGCGCUUUUCUAAAAUAUUUCAUAGACAUUUUUUGUUCAUUCUUUUUUCCUUGUACAGGUGUUGAUAGGUUGCAUUUAUGUCAGUGUCCAUUUUCGACCGUCACGUUUAUCUGUACCCGACUACACCACAACCACAUUAGGUCCCUUAAACCUGAUUAUCUAUGUAAGUCCUUUCUCUAUUAUAGGCCAAUUAUUACGCCCUCUCUUUUUAUUCUUUCCUUUUUCUUUUUUCUUUUUUUCCUUCUUUCCUUCGUUUGCCUUUCAAAUAUCCUUUCUGUCUUCCUGUUCCUCCUCACGACUUUGGUGUUUUUUUUACCUUUUUUCUAUCUCCCUCUUAAAUGCCUUUUCCCUUAUUUGCGGCUUGUUUCUCUGUUUUCUCCUCUUUUUUCCUCUUUCUUUCUACCCAUUUACUUUUAUUAUUUAAAAAAAAACCUCUCGUCUUUCCCGGUCGGCAUUACGACCCUUCCUUUUUACCCUUCCUUUUUACCCCGUACUUACCAUCUUUUAACGCAAACAAUCCCAGAGAUAUUUUUUUCUCAUUCCUUCUUCACUUCGAGUCAGACCCUUAUCUAUCCCCAGUGCUUUUAA